ACCUUUCAGUUUUUUUUAUUUCAUCAUAAUCAUCGCCACCUUGAAGGUCAAGACUGGAUGCUUCAAUAUCUGAUUGACUUUCAGAAUCCCGUUUUAAAUCUGAUACGUAUCUGGCAUCCAACCAUUUGACGUACGUCAAAAUGGAGGCAUAGAAAUGAGUACUUGUGAAUCCUGAAGGUUAAUCAGCAGAUUGAAGGUGAAGUCACGCAUCUAAUGUCACAGAAAAACCAGCUUCAGAAAUUAACAUGGGCUGGAGGGGAAAAUGCAAAGAAAAAGGAUUUUAAAAAGCCUCCAAAUUUAAAAACGUGUUUAAUAAAUGCAAUAAAAUAUAAACACCAGAAACAAUGCUUUCCCCAGAUUUCAGUACAAUUGCAAAUAUGUUAUUGAUUUUAGGCACAACAUUUUCUGUUUUGAACCAAUAUUGUUAUUUGUUUAUUACAUUUAAAAAUUUGACAAAACAUAGACAUACAUUUAAUGAGGUUAUUGUAUUUAUGUAUGUUUUGGCACCAUAUCAGCAAAAAUUAAUAUAUUCAUACUAACAGUAUCAUUUUAAUAAAUAAAACUGAUAAAAGGAUAUUUCAACAUAAUCAAUGAUAGAAAAUUCUUACAGGAGAGACCUUUUAAAAAAUAUCUUUUUAAUGUAUUUUCUAAUAAAAUGUUGUCUAUCCCUUAAAAUUUGACUUUCUAUUAAAAUAUGUUUUACACUCAAAAACUCUCACACAAGUCAAACACUCAGUUUAGGUUUAAAUAUGACCUUUUUAUUUAUGGGGAUUACUACUAAAGACUACUACGGUUAUCAGCCUAGUGCAUCUUGGCAGUUCAUAAUGCAAACACAGUCAGAUUGUCUUACGAGAAUUUAAACAAAAAAAAUGCAUGUCUAAAUAUUUACUAAAAGCAAUAGGCCUUACAGUGUCAACACAGCAUAAAUCUCCUUUAAACAACAUUUUUAAGAAGCAAUAAAUUGACAAAAAUGAAACGAUAUUUCCCUGUAAUGAUGAAACUAGUUUCAUUUUCAGUAAUCCUUGUUCUUUCCAUUCAGUUACCGUGCAGGUGCAUGCUGAGCAAGCAGACAGCAUUCAACAAACAAGCACCUAUAUGUCCUCACUCUCAAGCAGCGUUAUGUUAGCAUGUCUGCGAGUCGCUUCCUUCGCUAUGUCCACUGAAACCUCCGAACAAACCAAUUAAUUAAACUUCCCAGCGGGACCCAAGAGAGAGGGCAUUGUAAGAAAGUGCUCAACACAUUUACACUACAGCAGCUCUAAUCGUUAAUCUUAAAAAUAUCUUACGUUUUUGUUCUACUGGUAGCAUCAGCUAUGAAUACACGGGUUCGGGAUUGAUAAAUUACCUCGAAGUACUCCUACAAGGUCUAAACACAACACAUACAGCAUUUCGAACCGAAGAUGUAUUACAAGGGCUCUCCUAGAGAGCAGAACACACAUAUGUACAUGACAGAAUUCUGCACAAAUCUGUCCAUAAUCCCGGUGGCAUGGCCUCCGCCCACACCAGAUUAGGGUCAUUAAUCCAGGAGAGAGAACCAAUCCUCUAAUUAUACCUCUACAAGUGAUGCCCCGCAGACUCUGAACCGCUCCACGGUACACACAGUUCAUAAACCCACCUCAGGGACAAACUGACCUAUCAUGCCGUUUCUUAAAUUUGCCGAUCUUGCCAUUUUGAGCAUUUCGUGAGAAAAAGAAAUGUUCUAGCACAUUGACACAUAAAAAUUACCCAAGUUGCAGAAGGACUGCCAAGUAGGGAACACAACCAGCAAUGACAUCUGCUCCACGUGAUUAAACAGAAGCAAUACUGGGUCUGUGAGCUUCCUGACUGAAAUAUGAGUCUUAUAUUCUAUGAACUAUAUAUAGGUUAAUGCACAUAUACUGAGUCAUCGUGAUUACUCAUUGUCUGCCCCUCAGAUUAUGGUCAAAAACUACAUUUGCUGCUUCUUUUGUACUUCAUCACACACACACACACACACACACACACACACACACACACACACACACACACACACACACACUAUUCCCCUUUCACCUGGUUGUGUGUGAUGUGUUGCAACUUUGGCCAGUGUGCAGAAUGUAACUGUGCCCCAAUGCCUUCAAGUCCACUGUACUUUCUGCCAAACUUAUAUAACACCCGAACUUUGAAUUUAAACUUCCCAUACCAACAGGGACGACUUCUUAUAUGAUAAAUAUGGAAUAUCUGUGAGAGCGUGGAGUUCACGUGCUCUCACUCUUUAGUUUCGACCUGUUCAGAGGUUGUUUUACAAUGCUUUGAGUUCACCAGUGACCACGUGGCUACAGUGAGGGCACGCGCCGCUGCCCCGCUUCACGGGAGGCAAAUGAUUCAAUCGCUCAUUUUAAGGACAAGCCGACAUCUCUAAAUCCCUCCUCAAACUGAGGCAACCAGGUGAUGGAGGAACGUUCUUGUUCAAACACAUGUAAAUGACGGACUACAAAGGAAAAGGUGCAAACUGAUCAAGCGGUGCCAACGACCGUCAUCACACACGUGCGUCUCUCCCGCAGCGGUUCACGUGAACCCCACCGAUGUGCGACAUCCGAUUCGGUUCAUUACAUAGAAGUGGAGGACUUUAAACCGUGCGCUCGUUUAAAAUUUGAUGGAAACCCAACACAUUUCCGCGAGUCGGUUCGCUCCAAAGAACCGGUUCAAAACGAUUUAGCGGCUUUCUUGCGUCAUUACGUAAUCACGUGGCGUCCCUGUCAUCCCGGCGUAGCAUAUUUUGUGCUGUAAAAAUCCUCCAGUAAAUUACUUGCUGUUAUUCAUAUGCCUGAAUUCAGUUCGUUGCAGCCGUGAUAAACGUAACAUUCAUUUACACCAACAGCCAUUUAGAGUUUCUGUACGUUUUAAUAAAAUGCUAUUAAUUAAAACCAAACCGCUUUUUUGCGUGUAGAUACAAUUGUUAUAUAACCAAAUCGUGAAUGUGUAUUACUUGUACUGUUUCUGCCACAACAAGCAUGUUAUUUUUCAGUUUCCUUCACUUCAAAGUCUCGUAUUAUCAAAUCACUCGGUUCUCUGCUCAUGACGGUUCUCUGUUCAAAGAGUCGGAUCUGUUCACUCGAGGACCGCUCGAACCGAGUCAGCCCGGUUCACUUAAAAGAUGCCUCAAAAUAACACAUAGUUCACGAUUCGGACAUAGCUAAUGUGAAUGUAAAAACAACAAUAUUCAGUUUGCUAUCUUACGACCUCAUCAACCAAAGCAAAUACUUCCUAUUACCACUCUGCAAAGCUACACAGCCUAAAUACAUCCGCAUUGAUGCUUGGUUGAACGAGUGCUGCCCACUGAUCAAGAUAUCCAGUCUGAAAAUCUGGAUAUUUUCUCAAGAAUUCUGGAGGCAAACAAAGAGAUCAGUGACAUGCUCAUGGAGGGAGACAUGGCCUUACCCAAAACAAGAAAUGCCAUGAAAUGCUUGAAUGACUACUGCAAAUGGCCCAAGUCCCCAUCUGGACAGGUUGAAGUGCCAUACAUCAUUGCUUCUGACUACUACGAUGAUGAGAAGGCAGUGAUUAAGAACGCAAUGAAGAGCAUUGCUGCAAAAACCUGCGUCCGUUUUGUGCCGCGAACAAAUCAAGUGGACUACAUCAGCGUUGAGAAUGUAGUAGGGUGCUCGUCUACUGUAGGGAGAUCCGGAGGCAAACAGCAGUUGGCUCUGUCUGUGGACGGCUGCGUUUCUCACGGCAUCAUCGAGCACGAGCUCAUCCAUUGUCUGGGGUUCCACCACGAACACACCAGGAGCGACAGAGACCAGUACGUCCGGAUCAACUGGGACAAUAUCCCACAAGAAUCUGCAUACAACUUUCAGAAGAAGGACACAAAUAAUCUGAAUACCCCUUAUGACUACAACUCCAUCAUGCAUUAUGGAAGGACUGCCUUCGCCAUAAAGUUUGACAAGGAUACCAUCACUCCGAUUCCUGACUCUUCAGUGCAGAUUGGACAGAGAAAUGAAAUGUCUAACACUGACAUCCUGAGGAUCAACAAGCUCUAUGAGUGUGCUCUUUAAAGUGAACACUGAAGAUCAAACCCCAGUGAAAUGCAGAAUGUGACGAAAUAAACGGAUUACGGUACUAUGUAACCAAAGUAUAUAUUUUCCUUCCUCCUUUGUCUGUAACUUGACCACAUAAAUGUAAU